AUGUGUCUCCCAAUCCUGCUGCUGUUCGCGUGGAAGUUGGGCGUUUAUGCAGCCAGCUAUGGCGAGGCCGUUCGACUACAGCAGGACCUGUUUCAGAACUACAGCGUCACUGUACGACCGCUCCUGAACCAAAGUCAGACAAUAAGCGUCGCCCUUGACCUUCAGAUAUUCGUCGUCCAUGGUCUGACCUGGCAGGACGAGAUUCUGACCUGGAAUCCAGAUGACUAUGGUGGCUUGUCUGUGAUCAAGGUCCACAGUUCCAACAUCUGGCUUCCAGAUCUAGUAGCAACGAACAUAAGUGAAAUGGUCCUUAAGCAUAUUCCCAUACAAGAUGACACUGCUCUGACCCAGAACGGUGAGUACAACGUUCACAUCGCUGAAGUUGAGAAGCACCCAAUUUACGAGGCAAUGGUGUUCAGACUAAAGCUCGAUCGUCGACCUGUCUACUACAUCCUGGUUCUCAUCCUACCCAUCUUCAUCUUGUCCCUGUUGUGUAUUGUCAGCUUUCUCAUUCCUGCAAGUUCAGGGGAGAAGAUGUCGGUUUCCAUGACAACACUUUUGUCGUUCACAGUGUACCUGGGAGUAAUUGACUCUGCCAUCCCCAAAGUCUCAACAUCCGUCUCUGUUCUAGCCGUGUACGUAACAGCCAUGCUGUUCCUAAGCUUCGUUGCAGUUCUCGGAAAUGUGUGCAUCGUCCUGCUCUACUUCGAAAAGGGAGAUAAUGCAACACCACAGGGGGACAAUCCAAACAAUAACAAUGACAAAGAAAGGGCGAAUACUGGCAGCAGAGAUGAACGCUUCGUGUAUGGUGUUUCUGGCGAAUCAAGAGAAAUUCGAAAGGAAAAACAAACCCAGCCUAUUCACAGGAGGGUAAAUAUCUGCCUGUUUUGGGUGGAAGUGGCUCUACUGUCAGGGACACUUGGCGCAGUUUUGUUGGGUUUCCUAGAUCAGAUCUAA